ACACACUUACAACUCAUGCCUAGAGAACGGGCACUGUUGAUCGAGGCCGCCUGUGCUUCAGAGGUGGAGAGCGAUGUGCUGACCAGCAGGCCCGGCGCCAACGUCACCCUGACCUGCCCCGGCGGGAAACCGGGAGACAAUGCCACGGUUCACUGGGUGCUCGGGAACCCGGCGACGGUCUCGAGCCACGACAGAUGGGCUGGUUGGGGGAGGAGGCUGCUCCUGAGGUCCCUGCAGCUCAACGACUCCGGGAACUAUUCGUGCUACCGGGACGGCCUCCCGGCUGGGACCGUGCGCCUGCUGGUGGAGGGUCCCCCCGAGGAGCCCAAGCUCUCCUGCUUCCGGAAGAGCCCCAUCAGCAAUGUCAUCUGCGAGUGGAGCCCUCAGAGCCCGCCCUCCCGGGGCACCAGGGCCAUGUUGUUGGUGAGGAAGCUCCAGCAUGGUCCGUCGGAAGACUCCCAGGAGCCGUGCCAGUAUUCCCUGGAGUCCCAGAAGUUCUCCUGCCAGCUGGCCGUCCCCGAGGGAGACAACUCUUUCUACAUCGUGUCCCUGUGCGUCGCCAACAGUGCUGGCGGCCAGUCCAGCAGACCCCACACAUUUGAGGGUUACGGAAUCCUGCAACCUGACCCACCCGUCAACAUCACGGUCACCGCCGUGGACCGAAACCCCCGCUGGCUCACUGUCACCUGGCGAGACCCGCCCUCCUGGAACUCAUAUUUCUACAGGCUGCAGUUCGAGCUGCGAUACCGGGCGGAACGGUCCAAGACAUUCACCACGUGCAUGGUCAAGGAGCUGCAGUAUCGCUGCACCAUCCGUGAUGCCUGGAGUGGCAUGAGGCACGUGGUGCAGCUGCGCGCCCGGGAGGAAUUUGGGCACGGCCUGUGGAGCGAGUGGAGCCAGGAGGUCCUGGGCACCCCCUGGACAGAACCCACGAGUUUUUCAACUGCGACCACGGUGGAGGUGUCUUCCAUGAAGGCACCUACUACCAACGGAGACGAUGACAACAUCUCCUCGAACUAUCCUGCCAAUACGACAAGCUUCCCAGUGCAAGAGCCUCCAGUACCCCUGUACACAUUCCUGGUGGCUGGAGGAAGCCUGGCCUUCGGAACGCUCCUCUGCAUUGGCGUUGUCCUGAGGUUCAGGAAGACGUGGAAGCUGCAGGCCCUGAAAGAAGGCAAGACGAGCAUGCACCCGCCGUAUUCUUUGGGACAGCUGGUCCCCGAGAGGCCGAAGCCCACCCCGGUGCUGGUCCCCCUCAUCUCCCCGCCGGUGUCCCCCAGCAGCCUGGGGUCGGAUAACACCUCGAGGCACAGCCAACCCCAGGCCAGCGGCCCACAGAGCCCGUAUGACAUCAGCAACAGAGACUACUUCUUCCCCCAGUAGCUGGCUGGCUGGCUGGCGCCUGGCGGGCUGGGGUGUCAGACCUGCUGAAAUGUGUGGAUGACAAAGCACAAGCAGCUUCUCACCGUCGUUUCAGCUCAUCUCAGGUGCGUGGGCCUCUGGCUGCGCGGUCACCGAGGGGCCUCACAGCAGGUUCUACGCUGGGUGAGCACAGGUGUGCCGGCCUGUUCCGAAGGAAGAGGUGGUUGCGUUUUUGAACCCCUCUUCCCCACCGCCCUGCCUGCAGGGGUUCCAAUGAACGCGGGCCCCGUGCAGGGAGCGCUGUCGAGUCCCCUGGACACUCGGGUGGGCAGAGCCGGGCGUCUGCGGAGGCCUCGGACCCUGGGCUUCGUAUGGACAAGCUGCCGGUCCCCGGCUCACCUGACCUGGCUCCACACGCCGCACCCUCAGGAGGUGGGAUGGACUCCAGCCAAAGACACCCCCCACCCUGAGUCGCCUAUCUCCUGGCCCACUGCACAGGUUCACCUUCUAGCUCAAACUCUUGCAGCCCAAGUGCCUUUGCAAUUCAGUUUCUUCGGUCGCCCAGGCUGGGGGAGCUCCCGACUGCCUUUGCUCUCCUCCCCACGCUGGAUACAGCUGAGGGGGCGAGAAUAGCAUCUCAGGACCAGGUGGUUUGAAGGGGAGUUGCAGUGAGCUCCUCGCUAGCGUUCUGCUCAAUGUGAAUGUUAACCCUCAGCACCUGCUGAACCCGGAAGCCACUGCACUGACUCAGUUUCCCUCUCUGGAUCCCAGGGCUUCAGGAGGAGAGAAGCAGAGAGCAAGUAGGGGCGUGGGGACAGGGUCUGAAAACCACUAUUCUCCCUCCUUGCCCUCCGCCCCCCAAAAGGAGAACGGCAUUGGGGGAGGGCUCCCGCCAUUGCGGGGAGACCAAACUGUUGGACUCAGAAUGUUAAUUUAGUUUUCACCUGAGCCUGAGUACAGAGGAGGGAACAUAUUCAUGUGAAAAGACAGAAGAACCCGGCAAGAAUGUAUGUGAAUUUGGUCUUUAAAGAAGGGCUGAUUGUUUUUCCCUGAGAGCCUGGAAGGUUCCGUGCUAGCUGGGGGUCUGUAGGUAAAUAACUCGGGGAGAAGCCGUCACUCUGUUUGGCACAAACCUGAGUCAGAUGGGAAAGAGGAGGAGAAAAAAAGAAUGAUUUCCCCCUCUUAGAGAAGAGACUCUGGUUUCAUUCUAAAUUUUGUUUUUUGUCUUAAAAGUGAAAGAAAUUGCCCGCUUCUCUAAUUUAAGGGAAGAGCAGCUGGUGACUGCUCCCCCCGGCGGUGGGGAAGGCCCUGGUGUCCAGCUUCCGGGCUGGUGUUGGGAAGUGGCCUCCCACGGCUACCAAGCAAGGUCAGUUGCCAAUCCCCCACCCCUGACAGCCAGGAGCCCUGGUUAUCCGGGGGCAGGGGGUUCAUGCCCCCCCCCCCAUGCCUUCCUUUUCUUCUUUAGUUCCUUGAAUGUGAUUCAGUUCAGCUAAAUGUCUAGCCGUGACUCUGAGACUCUCCCACUUCAGCUCACUUUUCUGUCCGGGCUUUGGAAGUUCAGUGAUGAGAGGGGUUCCCCAGACAAGUGCCCUCCAGCAGCACGGGGUGUCCCGGAAUGAGGCUGUGAUUCAAAUCUGUUGGGUAACCGAGGACCAAAAAUUUUACCAACCACACAACCUGUUCUAGGAGCCGGCCCUUUCGGAAAAACAGCCACCAGCACCAGGCAGGUGGCAAAGGAUGACCGUGACCAUGCCUUGUGUUUGCUGUUUGCUGGGUUCACACUGUUACUAUGUUGGGCAAGUGGUGAUUUUCAUUGCUGGUUUUGACUCACGUUUCAGACCCCAGUGCUGCCUUAGGCAACUCUCGUAAGUUUGACGGAAGGCAGGCAGGUGUGUGUGUGUGUGUGUUUCUUUGAGGACGGCAAAAAUGCUGUUAAAGGGAAAUAUU